UUCUAACGUUACGUUGAAUUUGAAAUGAUCACACUGGAAGAGUUCGAGCAGUAAAGUGGCAAAAUUUCUUGAUAGAUAUCAGAAUAUAUGUUCUGCUAAUUUAGCGAACCAGUUCUCCCCUGUAUUAUUUAGCCUAAAUCUUACUGGAGUGCACUGGAACGACAUAGCACGCGAUGGAUAUUAGGACAUCUUUACAGAUGUUUGAGGCGAGUCUGAGUAGUUACACUGGAGAUGAUCCACUCGAUCCGUGGGACAGGUAUGUAGGGUUUCUGGAGAUGAAACUACCAGCUGAAGAAAAGGAUAGUAUUUCAGUGGUCUUGGACUGUCUGGUUCAAACAUUCCUUCCCCAAACCCGCUACUACAACGAUGUCAGAUAUAUCGACUACUGCAUCAAAUGUGCGAGCUAUUACAGUGAACCAAUCAAUCUGUAUAGCUGCAUAUAUGGAAAGGGUAUUGGCACCAGAGCAGCUGCCCUCUACAUUGCCUGGGCAGAACAGUUCGAGAAGCAGGGCCUGGUUCCUCAGGCUGAUGCUGUAUACCAGAGGGCCAUGGAGAAUCAGGCUGAGCCAGCCGAAUUAGUCGUCCAGCAGUACCGAUUGUUCCAAGCCAGGACUCAGGGUCAGGCAGUGGGAGCAGGAGCUGUGCGGAACCCUCUGCAGAAUUCCCAGCUGAUCAAUCAGAAGGAACGCCCAAGGGAGACUAUUCCCCAGCAGUGCACGGAACCAGAGGGGCCAGAACAAUUUCCUGUUGACAAAACUAUACGCAUAAUCUCUAGGUCUGAAAACACCCUGCUGAAACAGCCCAAACAAGGCCCGGCUGAAAGCCAGCAGUUUGUGUCCAUGUACUGUGUGAGUGACCUGGCGUGUGAGGGGUCCGAGCUCUGCUUCGAGGAGCUCAGGGCACGGCGCUACUUCGAGAAGCGCAGGCAGCAGGAGGAGCUGAGAGAGUGGGAGAAACAGCGGCGACGCCUGCUUGAGGAAGAGGAGGAGGUGCAGUGGCUGAAGCACAGGCUGGCAGAGCUGGACAGCCACCUCGGCCCUCAUCCCGCGACCGAGGGAGGCUCCACCAGGGAGCGGCCACAGUGGGGCUUUUCCCAAGGAGACCAUUCAUCUGCAAAACGGGCACCAGGGUUGAACGCGGAGUUCCCCCGGCAGUCCUUCAGUCAGCCCCCGGCCCCCAGUGCAAGCCUGUCCUUCAGCCACAGUUCUGCGGAAGUCUCCAGUGCUGGUCUGGGCCAUCGGGCCGGGUCAGACCUGAACGCAACGGCGCCGGGGGUUCUGGGAUUGACCUUCCCGUGCAGCUCUUUUCAGCAGCCGCUCUUUGAGCCCGAGAGGACUGGGCAACCAGGUCUGCCCUCGGCACUGAUUGGCCCUGCUGGGGAGAAGGAGGCGGUGCCAGCACCGAGCACCAUCGCCCCAAACUGCUCCUUCUCCAGAACUCUGCCGAUGGAAAACCCCGCCCCCGAUGCUCAAGCCCCACGUCUCUGCCCUUCCUCCUCCUCCUCCUCCUCAGCACCAGCUCUACACCCCUCCCUGCACACCUCCUCCCUGGAGAGGAACGCAGACCCCCUCAGCUGCUCCUUCACGGCCCCCCACAGGACGCCCAGCUCACGAGCCGCCAUCAGCGCCACUCCGAGUCUGGCCUGCCGGUCGUAUCUGAACAGCUCAGCCAGCCACUUCAGCUUUCAGCACAGCUUCAGAGAGCAGGAUGUUCCUGACGGCGUGAUGUCAGAGAUGGAGCCCCAGCCGGAUACGUCACAGGGAGCGACUGCAAAUCUCUCCCAUGUCACCCCCAACACCUCCCUGGGCCUGGUGCAAGCCACGCCCUCCAGAGUGCAGCCUUCUCCAACCGUCAACACCCGGGAGGCCCUGGACGUGAUUAUGGACAUGUUCCAGGCUCCAACCUUGUUCCACGAUGACCCGUUCAGCGAGAUGCCUCAAACAGAUGACAGUUUUGAAGCUGCCUGCAGAAAUGAUGGCAACGUGUCUUCACUGCAGAGGCCGUCGGCUGCCAUCCCGUUCGCCAUAUUCCAGGAUGAAAACGACAAGGAAAACGGAAGUAGUCGUCCCUUUAGAGUGCCCGAGGGAGUUGAAAAACCGCAGCCACGGGUUCUGGCAGACAUUCGCAUAUCUAAAUCGGUGAAACUAACUGACACAGCCUCUGGGGUAGAGUCCAUGACUGAAGAGAGCAUGAUGUGGGGAGCCCGUUACAACAACACCCUGGCCCCCUGUCCCAACAGCACCGGAGACUUUGCACUCUCUGCUCAUCUGGUGUCCACCCCCUUCAACCGCAACGCACCACACUCAUGGGACCUCGAGCAAGAGCAAGAAAAUGGUCCACCAACAAUGUUCUGUGGUUCUGAAGAGAUGCCCUAUCAGCGCAAGCCAUCAAAACUCAGCCCGAUCCUGGAGCAGAGCCCGCCCGCGGAGAAGGGCCAGCGCCCGGAGGCGGCGGAGUGCACGCUGCAGGCCCACGGGGGCCGUGGCCGGGCCGCCUCCGAGGCUGAGACGCUGGGCCUGGACCAGCACAGCCUGGCCACCUCCUCCACCACUGUCCUGCCUCAGCCAACCGCCGCACUGUCCUUCCCAGAGCAGACGCAAAUGGCAGAGGAAGACUCGACCAGGAGGAGCCCCGCCAGGGAUGUGUGCAUGAGUCCGGAACAGGCCUCCAGGCCGGACCGGGGCCUUCCGGAGAGUCCCGCUCGAGCGACCGGAUUAGACUGGGAGGUCCCAAUGAGCCCAGCACAAGAGCCCACAUACAGCCAGCGUGUUCCAGCUAGUUCAGCUCCCCCUGCCACUGCAGCUGUAGUCCUGGUUCCCGAUCCCUGGGACGAAUGCCUGAUCUCGAGCCUACUCUCCAGGCUGCCUACACCACUCUCUUCUUAUCCUGGCUUUGUCUCCUGGCCCCACAAGCUCCCCAACAUAUCGCCAAAGAUUACUUUAUCAAUGGGUGAGAAGUACCUCCAUGUGGAUUCCAUUCUUGGGCAAGGGGCGUUUGCCACAGUCUACCAGGCCACAGAGCCCUCGAGCUCCAACAAGCUUGUCCUGAAGGUGCAGAAGCCGGCGAACCCCUGGGAGUUCUACAUCAACGGCCAACUCGACCAGCGUCUUCAGCCCGGCGUGCGGCAGCUCUUCAACAACCUCUACGCCGCCCACAUCUUCCACAACGGCAGCGUGCUAUUGGGCGAGCUCCACAGCUGCGGGACUCUGCUGAACGCGGUGAACCUGUACAAGAGCGCGGGCGAGAAGGUGAUGCCCCAGCCCCUCGUCCUCUACUUCGCCGUCUGCAUCCUGCAAAUGGUGGAGCGGCUCCACGCCGCGCACAUCGUCCACGCAGACAUCAAGCCCGACAACUUCCUGCUGGGGGAAAGAUUCCUUGAAAAUUACCGUUUUGAUCCAGACUGCCUUGAGCACGGGGUGACCUUGAUCGACCUGGGGCAGAGCAUUGACAUGACGCUCUUCCCAGAAGGCACUGCUUUCACCACCAAAUGCCUGACCUCGGGCUUCCAGUGUACCGAGAUGCUGGAGGGGCGGCCGUGGAGCUACCAGACCGACUACUUUGGAAUUGCAGGCACAGUUCACUGCAUGAUUUUUGGAACAUACAUGAAAGUGAAAAAAGAAGAUGGUGUUUGGAAGACAAAUGGCAUAUUUAAAAGGAAUCCGCACGGUGAGCUGUGGGCAGAGUUCUUCCACACCUUGCUGAACAUACCCGACUGCAGCUCCCUGCCCUGCCUGAGCAGCCUGCGCGGACGCCUGGUCGCUGAGCUCCAGCGGGGCUCCGGCAGCAAGCUGCAGUCGCUCAAGAGCCGCCUGGCGGUGCUGCUUCUCGAGAGCAGGCGCUCGCGCCGAUGAAGCCGCUGCUCUGUCGUCCCUGCUGUACAUACUGUGUAAUCAUCAUACGUUUGUCCAGUGUGUUUUAGUCUUUAGUUUUAUGCCAAAACUUGGGAUUUUUAGUUUGUGGGAGGGGAAAGAAAUUUAGGAUAUUAAAAAAAA